AUGGUCCAAGAAGCGAACACCACACCGGAGACGUGCUUAACACUACCAGGUACGAUAAAGAAAAAGAAAAAAGUCGAUCGCGUUAGCGUCAAAGUAAACAUAUCACGAGACGAGUUAGAUAUUUUGGAAGCGAAUAUAACUUCAGUUCAGCAAAAGAAAUGCCGAAUUUGUGCCACAAAUCAAGGUAUACACGUCCUCAUACUGAGUCUUUUCUGUACACCUUUCGUCAUGUGUCUAACGAGUCUGUACUCGUUUUACAUCGGUACGUUGACUUGGUAUAAUAUUUUUAACCACGUUGCCGAACACGAUAAAAUCAUAAAACGAGUAUUAUUCGCUCCUACGUUGAUUUUCGCUUAUCCCUUUUUGAUCGUUUGUUUCUCGAGCGGUUUAGCCAUUUACGGGGCUCUAGCGCAGAUAUCUUGGCAUUACAGUAGUUGGCUAAAGCAAAUAACUGAUUUGGAGAAAGGCUUUUACGGAUGGAUUUGUUCGGCUUUGAGUAUAGAGGAAUGCUGCCCGUAUCAAGUGGUUGUUUUAGUAAACGUACGUAAUUCUGGUGAAAAUCCUGUACAACAAACUGAAUUAUAG